AGCAAGUUUUGGGGCUUGUGCUUUAAAAUGAAAUCGGGUAUACGUGUUAUCUCAAAAAAAUAUUAAUGCACGCAUUGUUGACAUCAAUAAUUGUUUACUAACUCCUACCCCCAAUAAACGUGCCAAGAUUAAAUACUUUCCAUGAAAUCAAUCAAUUUAUUGAUGAACUUUACAUAAACUGUGCCUUCCGUCAUGCUAAGGGGACUCUCACUUUCCUCUUUUCAAUCUCAGUUUGUACACACAUUUCAAUGCUCUUAAGCUCUAGAUUAACGGAUUGGAUCAAAUUUGAUACAUGUUUUUUUUCCCCCUCUAAAAACCGACAAUGGUUCAAAGAGUCGGCUUCGGUAUUAUUUAAUAAUAAUGUUCCUCUAAAGAUAGCUAUAUACCUGCGUCGACAAUAGUAAGAGCAGGCGUCAUCAAUUGAUAAAUGGAGAGGAGGCAUAAACGUUAUUUGACUAAAGUGCAAGAGAAUAACAGAUGCAGUGAAUUGAAAUGAAAUUCAAUCAUGCUUCAAAGGUUAUUCCAUUGUGCGAUUGCUUUUACAUGUAGCUGUCACUAGGAGAGAAAAAAGACAGUAGCAUCUUCUAAAGGGUAAAGAAACAAACCAAAAACCAAAAACAGUAUCAAACUACAUUAAGUAAUUUGUAUGCUUUAUUGCAUUGGAAAUAAAAACUGACAUACUUUAAACGAAAUAACAAAAUAUCUUUAUGCACUCUGAUUGCAAGACUGGUCACAUGGGGAGGUAUUAAGACGCGAUAAUCUGAAAGAUUUGGUUUGGUGAACUAGCAAAAAAACAGCCAAAAUAUACUACCAUUGUUGUGUAAAAGGUCUUGUAGUGUAAAAAUGUGAGCAGAUGUCGCUAUAAUCCUGUAUGUGUGUAGCUGAACCAACUCCAAAUAUGUCAAAGUGCCCAUUCUUGGCUAACAUUGAGGACCGACGUAAACUGACUCGCAUCGUUGACACGGAUCUCAUUGAUUCUUCCACAAGAGAAGCAGUUGUGAAGAGCAGCUUGAUUAAAAAUGACAGGUCUCCAACUGAACAGACUGAGAACUUCAUCAAAGAUAAUGGUACAUUUGACUACAACAAGUUUCUGCAUAUGGAGGUGGAACGUAAGAAGCAGGAUCACACUUAUCGCAUUUUCAAGAAAGUGAAUCGUAAAGCAGAAUCAUUCCCCUAUGCUCAGGAGUACUCCAGUAAUGAGGCGUUUGAUGGUCAGUCGAUAUCUGUAUGGUGCAGCAACGACUAUCUAGGAAUGAGUCGACACCCAAAGGUCACUGAGGCUGUCAUGAAAGCGGUGCAGGAGCAUGGCACAGGGUCUGGUGGAACUCGUAACAUCUCUGGUAACUCCACAUACCAUGAACAGUUGGAAGCAUCGUUAGCCAAACUACACCAGAAGGACUCUGGUCUACUCUUUACCUCAUGCUUUGUAGCAAAUGAUUCAACUCUAUACACUCUGGCUAGAUCCCUGCCAGGUUGUGCGAUUUAUUCUGACGCAGGGAAUCAUGCCUCCAUGAUUCAAGGGAUACGAAACAGCGGUGUACCCAGGGUUGUUUUCCGCCAUAAUGACGUCGCCCACCUUGAAGAACUCCUACAAACAUCUGAUCGUUCAAAACCUAAAAUAGUUGCCUUUGAGACAGUUCACUCUAUGACAGGUGAUGUAUCCCCAUUGAAGGAGCUGUGCGAUGUAGCUCAUCGCUACGGAGCUAUCACCUUUGUUGAUGAGGUUCAUGCUGUGGGUCUGUAUGGAGACCAUGGGGCUGGAGUUGCUGAACGAGAAAACUGUGUAGAUGAUAUUGAUAUCAUCUCUGGUACAUUAGGUAAGGCCUAUGGUAUGCUUGGUGGUUAUAUCGUUGGCUCAUCAGACCUGAUUGAUAUGGUACGAAGCUAUGCAGCUGGCUUCAUCUUUACUACAGCACUACCUCCAAUGAUCUUAGCUGGUGCUAUUGCCUCUAUACAAGUACUAAGUAGCCCAGAAGGCCAAACUUUACGAGUACGUCAUCAGGAGACAGUGAGAGAUUUACGCAGUAGACUCAAGGAAGCUGGUCUACCAGUUAUUACAUGUCCAAGUCAUAUCAUUCCUAUUCAUGUUGGCAAUGCAGAAGACAACACAAAAGUGGCCAACUACCUUCUUCAAAAAUAUGGCAUCUACGUCCAAGCAAUCAAUUGCCCCACGGUUGCCCCAGGUGAGGAACGUCUUCGCAUUGCACCCACGCCGUUCCAUACCCCAGCCAUGAUGGAUACAUUUGUUGAGUCUUUGGUGCAGUCUUGGACUGACUGUGGUCUGCAUCUAGAUACAUCAGCCAAGGAUAGCAGACAGCCUAGCUUGAUGGAGUGUAAGUUCUGUGAAGAACCGCGGCCGUUUGACAUGCUGUCACAGCUGGAGCGAGAAUUCUUCUUGAAUGGCAUCUUCAGACCAGCCAUGGCAUCAAUGGCUGAAUGAUGGAGCAGUCAUCUCGGAUUGGACCUCUGAAUGAUUUCACUUCUGAUUUGACCUCUGAAUUUACCUCUAAUUUGACCUCCAAUUUCACCUCUGAUUUCACUUCUGAAUUCACCUUUGAUUUCACCUUUGAUUUCACCUUUGAUUUCACCUCUGAUUUCACUUCUGAUUUCACCUUUGAUUUCACCUGUGAUUUUACCUCUGAUUUCACCUCUGGUUUGACCUGUGAUUUUUACCUCUGAUUUGACAUCUGAUUUCACCUCUGAUUUCACCUUUGAUUUCACUGGCUUCACCUCGGAUUUCACUUCUAAUUUGACCUCUGAUUUCACCUCUAAUUUGACCUCUGAUUUCACCUCCGAUUUCACUUCUGAUUUCACUUUUACCUCUUCACCUAUUUCUUAAAAUGAUCUUCUACUUGGAGGGACCUUAGUCUCCACACUGUAGUACACUUGUAACCAACGUAUCAUCCGAAGAAUACAUAACAGCCCUCCCUAUUAGUCAACUGACCAUACUAUGUCAUAAACUGACCAAUCAUAAUUGUUAAUGGUUAAUGGUCUCAAUGUUCACUUGUUAAGUAAGUUACAGUGUAUGAUGGUUAUUCUGAUCAAGUAUUUUGUGGUGUAAAGUUGGCUGUUGUUAACACGAUCUCGGAUCAAGACGCCAGUUAAAACGAGGCAUUUCACCAAUCCUGAACUGCAUGUUUCUAUAUCUAAAAUAAAAAUGGAAGAUACGAGCACGGUCAUAACGAGAACACAGAUAAUACAAGAUAGUUUUGCGGCCCCAUGAUAACAAAGGUAAUCUUAAAGCGAAAGCUUAACAUGUUUCUUAAGUUGUGGAACCGGUACCUAGCAGCUACUACGUUGUAUAAUAAGCCAUCCUUCCUAAUUAAUCCCUCUGUCAAUCUAAAAGUGUCUGCAACAAAUUCAAAUAUUUCAUCCAAUGAUGAAUUGUUAAUCAGCACUUUUUCUUUUCUACUCAAAGAAGGAAAAACAUAAACAUGCAACUGUCCAGUUAUGUCCAGUGGUAACUUGAAGCUAAGCAAAACAAAGGUAAUGUCCUACACUCCCCCCCCCCCCCAAGACAUAAACUAGUUAGUUAGUGUGGAGUUUUUUUUUUUUUAAUAUAUGUUAAAAGCAGUACUAAUUUGUUAGUGUGAUCUGCUUGAUAUCUUUUCUUUGAGACUGGCCCAUGACAUUUGUCUUCAAUGCACAGGCAUGUAGGUGUAGUGCAGAUGGAGGCCCAAGUUCAGCUACUUCAACCAGUGGGUCAUGACCUUUACAAUCUCACUCAAUCCUAUCCAUGGUCAAAAUCGCAACCAAAGUAAUACAUGUAGUAGAUAUUUAUUCUAAGCAAAAAUUUGACAUCUCUGACUUUGCUGUCAACUUGCUACUGCUGACCAAUCACAUGUUUGUAAAAUAAAAAAUUAUAUCAGGGCAAUAAAAGAUGUGUAUUUAUAUCACAUAGCAUAAUGUUCUAAUUAUACUGUUGUGAAAUUGGUCGGUGUGAUUUUAAAAAGGCUAAAUACUUCUGUCAUCCUUUUUUUGUGGGUAGAUUAAAUUUGAAAUUUUGGUUGUGAAUUUGGUGGGGUUUGGAUUGUAAAGUGAUCGUAGGACCAUAGCACCCAAUCCUAAAUUGAAUUUAAAAUAUUGUGUCUGCCACAAAUUAUGCAGCCUUCUUCCAGUACAGUGCGACCAUCACAUAACUCAGGAUAAACUACACUUGGUUCUAGUCAUAUUUUGUUGCGGCAAAAAUAUGACAUUUAAAACGUCAUGUUGUGAUUAGACAUAAUUGGGGGUAGAAGUAACUUCAGCAGCAAUUCUGACGUUACACACAUUUUCCUAUCAAGCUAAUAUAAUGGUGAUGCGAUUUCUUGAAUUUCCACAGACUCGGCCCAAAUAAUGGGCAGUUUCUUCAUGAUUUCCUAUAUUUGCUGUCCUUGAGAAAGGAAACUAUUCAAUGUUUAGAAUUUAUUAAGGCUGCAAAGUUGAUAUUAUUCGAAAAAAAAUUGUAAUUACAGAAUUUUUAUUUUAGAUGAAAUACGUAUAUUAAUCAUAUUAUAGUUAUAAUUUUUACGGUUUUAAUUCCGGAUAAAUAUAUAUGUUUUUCUUAAAAGUGGUAGUAGUGAGAUGUUGAAGUAUUUCCUCACUUGAAGGAAAUGUGUUCCUAUGGGAUUAGAAUAGAUUGAUUCCUUUUACAUCUUCAUCAUUUCCUUGAAAAAAUAUAAAUUUCAGGAAACAAUAUUGUAUAUUUAUGUUAAUGUUGUAGUUGAGAUUAUUUUUAUCGGCAAAAUGGGUUAUUCUAAAUUUAUAAGCUUACUUGUUCUUAUUCUGCUAGAGAUAGAACAUGUAUUGUUCAGGAUUCUUUAUUCGCAUCUGAUGACGCACAUUGGGUAAAAUACAAAAAUAUACAUUAACAAGUUUAAAAUCGAAAACAGAAGAAAAUUUAUAAACAGCACCACAUUGAACAGCAACCAAAAAUGAACAGGUGCAGAUGCUUUUGCAACGGACAAUAUUACACAAACAUUGAAUGCACACAUUGAUUCAUCGAUUGCAGACUAAUCACAAGGUUCAUUUUAAACGUUUCCAUUUAACCAGGCAAAGCCAAGUGAAUUGAACAAGCCAGGUUUUACAAAGUGAUUCUAUUCUACAACGAUGCUUGAAAUAAAUACGUUAAAUUUUGGUUUUUAUAUAACUCGCACUUAGAGCCUUGUCAUUUGAAAUUUGUUUUACCAUAAACACAACAAAAGAUUCAGGAACUUUUCCACUUUCUAAAACCCCUUCAAAACAACAUGGGAACUCCAUGUAGACAUCAAUCAUCUCAUCGUGAAACAACCUUGCCUCAUUUGGACAAAUCAACAAGGAAACAGUACGAAGCAUCCUAUAGCUAUCGAUAUAGGACUCCUAUUGACCCAAUUCACCUGACGUCAUCAUCAGAAUAAUCUUGGAUGCGCCAUUUUGGUGGUCAAUGUCACUGCGCAUUAUUCAUUCGAGUGCGGAUUUUAGGCGACAUGGCAUUUACACAUAAACCUAUUGACCACCAAACAUGCCAAAAUGGUGAGUGUAGUACAGUCGCUGUGUGUAGUGCGUGCUUGCAAGGGGUCAAUAUUAAAUUUUGGAGUGCGCUGCAUGGCAAAAUUAAAGAUACAUGUGACAUACAUUCCACCAAUCAACUGGCGAGGAUCUGUGUGUUCGGUAAAAAUGGUUCCACAGGUUUGAUGGCAAAAAAAUAAAACAAUCAAAAUUAAUGUUAUGCAACUUGAAUCUUAGACUAAAUUUCUGGUGUUUGGAACCCCACCCCCUAAAAUAAGAUGUAUAUUUUGCUCUGUGAUUAGCUAUAUGGUUUGGGUUUUAAUUUAUUUAAAACAUUGGAAAUAUUUGAAAUAUGCGAAGUGGUACUUGUUUUAGGUAAGGAUUAGUAUUACUGGGGCUGGUAUUGGGUAAUCUGUUAUAUUGAUUUGACUAAUAAAGCUAGAUUUUAUUAAA